AUGAAGGACCCACAGAAAGCAGUUCCAAGUUGUAUUUGGAGUUAUUUUCUGCUAGUGUUUCUUUUAUAUGAGCUGCACGUUUUUUUUUCUUUUGAAGCGAACAAGGUGUGGCUGUGGCCGAAGCAAAAAACAGGCAAAAACAACAAAGACGAGGCCACAAAAGUGGGUUCGACGACAAAGCCGCUGACCUCUGCUGGCACCUGUGCCUUACCAAAGCUGACUGAGUCAGAGAGGGAGAGACAGUCACCAUUUGAGAGGGUCAUCUAUGACAUGUCCCACAACGAGAAGAUUUGCAACGACCUCAUGCUUGGUCGAAGGGUCGGCUUUUAUGAGCUGCGUGGAGAGAUCGGACAGGGGAACUUUUCUACCGUGAGGCUGGGCAUCCAUGCUUUGACUAAAGAGAGAGUAGCUGUCAAAAUACUGGACAAAACACGUGAAGAGAAGAAGAACCAACCUUCCACCUCUUCAGAGAUCGGCUGCAUGGAGAAGCUGUGUCACCCCAACAUUGUGCGUCUCUAUGAGGUGAUAGAGACCAGCAGGAAACUCUAUCUGGUGAUGGAGUACGGCAGCGGUGGAGACCUGUUCUCCCGAAUCACCACCAGGGGGAAGUUGAACGACCUGGAAACCAAGCUCGUGUUUGCGCAAGUCAUCUCUGCUGUGAAGCACAUGCAUGACAGCAACAUCGUCCACAGGGACCUGAAGGCUGAGAACAUAUUUUACACCACCAGCUACUGCAUCAAGGUCGGGGAUUUUGGCUUCAGCACGGAGAGCCGUCCUGGGGAGCUCCUGACUAACUUCUGUGGCUCUCCGCCUUACGCUGCUCCAGAACUGUUCAAAGAGAAAGGCUAUGUUGGAUUCUAUUCAGACAUUUGGGCCUUGGGUAUUCUCCUGUACUUCAUAGCUACAGCCACUCUGCCCUUCUCAGGAGACAACCUUGGACGGCUGAAGCGCUGCAUCCUUCAGGGCUCGUACAGUAUUCCGUCCUUUGUGCCGGAUUCCUGCCAGGCAGUCAUUAAAGGCAUGCUGCGGCCUGUGCCUGCUGACCGCUCCUCCCUCACACAGAUUGUAAACAGUGCCUGGUUGAAGGAGAUGGAGUACCCCCAACCAUAUGUCCUACUGCCUGUAUCUCCAGCCCACUUUGUCCAGGCUGGACUGUCCCUCAGUGCAGAAGAGCAGGAGGUGAAGAGUUUGUUUUUAGACUUAGGUAUUGUCACAUUUCAUUUAGAAAACAAUCCCUGUUCAGACUGUAGGAGCCCGCUGACGGGGACCUACCGCAUCCUGCUCCAUCGAGUUCAGAAGAGGAAGUCGGUGGAGGGUGUAGGCUGUUCAGCUCUUCAACCUGAAGUCAAUGGUCUGAGGAAGUGGUGUGCAGUGUCCAUGGACCAACAGUCUCCCUCUGCUGUCUGUGCUGUUCUGUAAUAAAACAUAACUGGACAACAUGAGGGCCACAGAGACACUUUAUCACAAACAGAUGUGGACAUUUGUUGGUGUUUAACUUCUAUUGUGCAAUUCACUGACGUGCACCCACACACACCCACACACCCACACACAUACACUGAGGCCAUGUUUUGAAUAGUGGAUGCACUGAAUGUCAUCAAGGACUUGAGUUGUUCACUUGUGUAAUUAGCCGUUCCUUUCCGUUCACCGACAGUCUGCGUGAGGGAAACCUUCCAUCAGUCACAGCUUUCAGUCCGUCUUAGUGAGAACAUGAAUAUGCUGAACUGAACCAGGGUCACAGUUCAUGUCGUCCCAGUGAAUCCAUGAGAACAGGCUUACUCCAACAGGAACGAAACACGAGACUGUGUGUGCUAAAAACUUGUCAUGCCAUAAAAUCAAAUCAUGGCCACAUGUGGUCAGAGCAGAAGACAGAGGACAAAACAUGUCCACAGUUUUUUUUAAAUUGAUUUUAAACACCUCUUGAGUUCAAACUGAUAUAAUGUUUAUAUAAAGUGAGAGCACAAAAAUGUUUAUCAUGUUCCUUAUGCUUGUAUUCAGAGGGCAAGAAAUAUGUUGGAUUUCAAAUACUGGAGGACACACUGUCACAUUAAAAUACAUCUCAAACUAAAGGUUUUAUUUUGGAACUUUGUUUUAGAUCUUCUGGGUGAUAAGUGCAAUUUUGAUUGAAGACCUAAAUGGUGAUAAUUACUUUACACAUCA